AUGGAGGUAUGCGAGGGCCGGCAGGAGGUCCUGAGGAACCUAAACAGGAGACUCUGUGGCUUCCUGGAGCACGUGGCUCAGCUUCAGGGGGUCAACGUAAACCUUCAGAAGGAGGUCGGGGCCUGGAGGAUGCAGCUGGAGAGAGACUGGAGCGUGCAGGAGAGGAUGGUGGAGGAGCUACAGGCUCAGAUUUGCUGCAUGAUAAUGGGAAAUGCUGAGCUGGCGUUGUGUUUAGAUCGAGUUAAGUCCAAAGUUCAUCACCUACAUAACAGAUGUGAGUUGGAGCAGAAGCUGCGUCUCCGACUCGAGCAGCUGAUUCCAGAACUGAGACAGAAGGGGAUGAACCUGGACCAGACCAACACACUGCUGCAGGAACAGUUACACACGUCCACACUAGAACUACACACCCUGCAGAGCGAGUGUGAGAAGGAGUUGUUUGUGCAGCAGCAGCAGGCAGCAGUAGGGGAGGAUGGCAGAGGAAUGGAGCUCCGGCGUUUCGGCCCAGCACACGGUGACCUCGGCUCAGCUGCACUCACAAACCGAGCCCCAGGACUCAGGCCCACAGCGCCCACUCGGCCCAGGACGGACACGCCCAGUGCGAACGGAGACCAACCUCCACAGGUGAGUUGCGGGGACAAGGGCUUGCGGCAGGCGAGGGCGGAGCUCAACGAAGUCCGAAAGCAGUGGCACAGCUUACAGGUGGAGGUGGAGUCUCUGCAUGCCGUGGAGCGCAGUCUGCAGAGCUCUCUGAAACACACCCAGCGUCAGUACUCGCUGCAGCUGCAGGAUCUGUCGCGCUCGGUGUGUGAGCUGGAGGCCGAGCUGGACGGCGUGCGUGAAGGUCUCGCCGCGCAGAAACAGCACCACAGCCAGCUGCUCAACACCAAGAUGAGACUGGAGAGAGAGAUCGCCACCUACAGGAGACUGCUGGAGCACGAGGAGGGCAGAUUUUUGAGUGUGGACGGUCAGCCGCGGAAACUGAGGCCCUGGAAACCUUUGAGUCAGCAGAACGGAGUGUGUAAUGGCUUUGAGAAAGAAAGCGCCAUUGCUGAGAAGCCAACCAAUCGGGGCCCGGCUUUCCACCGGCAGGGCAGCCUCGUCAUCGUUACAGAGCCCAUAGAGAGCAGAGGUGGAGAAAUUAGCACAGUGAAGACUCAGGAGAUCGUGGAGGGGAACGUAGUGAGAGAGAGCGCAGAGGGACAUGGACGAGUCGAAACAGAGAAGAUCGAUAAGGUGAUUAAACAGUGGGAAGGAUCGUUUUUCCAAGGAAACCCGAAGCUGAGGAAGAAAUCCGUGUCCCUGCGCUUCGACCUGCACAUGGCCAUGGCCGACGAAGGCUGCGCUCAGAGCAAACAGGACAGUUUACCGGACGUGGAGGUUCGGCUAGUGAUGAAACGUUCCCGCAGUAUCCCCUCCAUAACGCAAUGACCUCGUACGGAAAGCCAGCAGGGUCUAAACGUCCGGCAUGGCGUUUGCACAUGUAACGUUUGUCUUUGAUCUUUAAUUUUAUGUAGGUUUUUUUUGUUGUUGUUGUUUUGUUUCUCUUAAGAGGAUGCCAAAACUUUAUUACUGGUUGUAGUUUUGUCACCACAAAACAUGAUGACAUUGCAGUGUUUACAUUUAACAAGUGUGGAAAAAUUAGAGUCCUUUAUUAGCAAGGAUGUUAAAUUUCACAUUGCUCGCAUGUAUUAAGUUAAUCUGAAUCUUUACCUAAUUCUAGUGGACAUUUCUAGAAAAAUUAUUUAUUAGCAAUUUUUAUGUUCAUUCAUGACAUUUAAAACACUCCAGAUGCUAAACCGGAAUAUGUCAAUUGAUUAGCGGUAGAUUCAAAAGACGAGAAAAACUUUUCAUUAGCAUUUCGAUUAGCAUUUAAACUUAACUAAUAUUUAAAAUCCUUUAAAAAUAUGAAUCUCGUUUUUUGUUUAGUGUUUGGCCAUGAAGCUAAGACUCAUACAUCAAGGUUAAUUUGUUCAGCAACAACACUGUGAGUUAAUGCUAAAACAAUGCAUUAGCAAGAAGAAAAGAAAAUGAUCCCUUUCCUCUCUCAUGGGAAAUAAAUUGGAUUUUCCACUCCAGUGAGCUCAGAGAGAGAGAAUUAUGGGAUUUCAUUUCUUGUGGGGAAGUAAAAACCUUCAGUGUGUUAAAAUGCUAGUGAAGCAAAACUGCAGCAGAUGCAGGAAGAUUUAGCGACACAAUAGCAGCCUGUCAACUCCAGCGUUGUUUCUCACAGUCCCUUAUUCACUUCUUCUUUGUUACUUUCUCCUCAUUGGAUCACUCCUCUUUUAGCGGCUUCACUGAAGUGACGUGAGUCUCUGAAGGUCUGAGCUAUGAGACAGUGAGGCGGAAUGCACUACGAUAAAGAUAAAAACUACUCAGACGAUGUGGUUUAUAUUCGCAAAGUGUAAAAGAGGCUAUUUCACUAAAAGAAACAUUUUUAUUUGUUAACUAUAGUACAUUGCUUCCUGACAAAUAAGGAAACGAGUUAGCAAAGUUACUCAUUAGAAAGCUAGCCAAGCACUUUUGAUACUUAGCUAGCUAGUAUACAAAGCUAACACUGCUAACUCUGAAUUGGAAAUUCAUUUAGAAAUUAAAGUCUGAGUUAUGUCAUAACAUAUUUAGCACAUUUGAGCUGCAACAUGAGCUGCUUUUACAAAAUCUCACAAAUUAGCCACCAGCUAAUGUUAGUGAUAUGAAUAAACUUUCCUAAUAUAUGUGUUUUCCCAAAAUCUUCUAAAAUUAUUUGUUAUAAUUAUUGUCAUCACAUGUCUAUAAUCUUGUUUAAAAGUCAAGGCAUGGAGGUUGGCUUCUUGUGGCAGUUGGCAGUCGAGUUAUGACAUCGUGCUAAACUUGGGACUUGAAAGCAGGAGUCGAGUGAGUCGCAAGUCUAAAAUUCGGAGGUGAAUGCAGCAUCCAUUUCUAAGGAAAUUGCUAGUGCUAGGCUUGCUAACCUAGCAUGAAUCAGCCUAGUUUAAACAUACUCCCUUUCCUCUUUUGCUCUUCUUCUUCUUCUUUUUUUAAGUCAAAUGCUAUUAAAGCAAAAAGAAACUGGUACAAACAGCCUCAAAUUUAGCAAAAAAAAAUUAAUUCAGACACUACUGGCGAAAGAAUAUUAGGCUGUAUUAUUAUUAUUAUUAUUAUUACACAACCUUGUUCACUUCCCAUUUACUUAUAACAGUAAAAUAGUUUAAUACAUAAGAAGAAAAAAAACACAAAGAUUUUAAGAGGUAACUCUGACCUUUUUAACAUCACAACCAAUGGGAGUUUAGCUACCAUGUUAUGCUAGCUAGUUCGCACAUUAUCUUAUCAGUGCUAAACUCGGCUUGUACAAUGCCGCAUUUGACUUUAAAACUCUCUCAGAUUAGCAAAAAAAAUCUUUUGAAUAAAAUGAAGAAAGGAAAAAAAUGUCCAAUACAGAAUAAAGAUUGUAUAACUGUCUGAGGAACUACCUAACCAGCUAGUUAGCAUAAGUCACCAGGCUAAAGUGUAUUCUAUGCAGGCUGUGUUUUGCUAUCAACUAUCAGUCAUACGAUCCGACUAGUUUAGCUAGGUUCUGUUAAAAACAGAGCUAAUAACAACAUCUUGAACAUCAUCACAUCUUGACCUUAUAUAGAUAUUCAUAUAAAUUAGAAAUUUUUCAUGUCAUAAAGCUUAUUAUAAGAAUUGCUAUUUAUUUUUCUAACCAAAGUCUGUGAUUUAUGCAACAUGCCGACGUGCUUUAUAAAUGCCAUGUGUGAAUAUGGAAGGUCAUCGGGAUGAAACCCGUGGUCACGUCUACACUGGUGCCAUCAUACGCUGUAACUGCAGUAAAAACCUGAUCCUGUUUCCAUAAAAUCACUGUGCUACAUCACACCUGGUAUCAUUAUUAAAAAAAAAAAAGGGAUUGUUUAAUGAAAAGAAAUCACGUUUAUGAUUGCAGACAUUCACAUUAACGUUCAGCUAAAAAAAAUUACAAGCUACGAUUCUCUCUGCUGAUUCCAAAUACAAUUUAAAACACUUCAUACAUUUAUCUUUAGUUUUUUAAAUCUAUUAAAUGUAUUUGAAUGUAUUUUAUUCUGAUAUGUAUGAUAUAUUCUGCAUUUGUAUCCUCUGCUGUAUUGGAGGUGGUAAAAUAAAAUUAAGCGAGCAUUAAUAUAUUAAUGAUUAUAAUUUAUAAAUAUUCCCUUAGAUUUUUUUUUACCUUAUUUCCAUAAUUACUUUUCUGAUUCUG